UGUAUUUGACAAUUAAAUAUCAAUCAUGAAAACGAAAAUUUUGUCAAUUAUUUUGCUGUCAAUUUUGGUAAAUAAUGUUUAUUUAUUUAAAUAUAAUUACAUUACCACUGAUGGUGUUAUCCAUACGAGUCAUACCAUUAACGGAACAAUACCUGAUGUCACUAAUGAGACGGUAGCGGUGCUCAUAUACGAAAAUAAUGUUAACAAAACUGGUUGGGCAAAUCUAGAGUUGAAAACCUCUAAUCGAUUUACCGAUAAUGUCCAGUCAUAUAUGGGUGGUGUAGUCGAAGGUUAUAUCACUGGCCAAUUGAUUCACUAUAACUAUCGCAACACUUAUGAAAAUAUUUGUAAAAAUAAAAAAUUUUGUGAACUUCUCAAAAAGUUUGUCGAAAAUAAUAAUCAAUUUAUUGAUACAAUGAUUAAGAAGAAAAGUGAUAGCAAUUAUUGGCAUCAAAUUGAUUUGAUUUAUACACAAUUAAAGGGAUUACAAGAAGGAUAUAACAGAUGGAAAGUUGAACACAAAAUUAAAAAUACGACAGAAACUGAUUAUUUAGGAGAAAUAUUUUUGAUAAAUAUUGGACCCGAGUUGUCAACAUUGGAGGAGAUAUUAUUAAAUAAAAAAAUUAAAACCCGCGGCCAUUGUUCGGCUAUUGUCAAACCAUUGGCCGACGGCAGUGAUCUAUAUGUGUCACACAAUACAUGGAAUACAUACAACUCUAUGUUAAGAGUGCUCAAGAAAUAUAGUUUUGCAUUCAAUACAAUUGAAUCAAAUUUCACAAAAUUAAUAUCCGGUCAUUCGGUAUCCUUUCCAUCAGCGCCCGGGUCUUUGCUUUCUAAUGAUGACUAUUAUAUAUUAUCAUCCGGACUAGUAGUUCAAGAAACAACUAAUGAAAAUUUCAAUAUGUCUUUAUUGGUCAAUAUUAGGGCCAAUAACUCAAUCCUAGAGUUUGCACGCAAUGUUGUGGCCAAUCGAUUGGCCAAUUCGGGCAAAGAGUGGACAGAUUUAUUUGCUCCAUAUAAUAGCGGUACAUAUAAUAACCAAUUUAUGAUAGUUGACUAUAAACUAUGGAAAAAGGGUACCAAAGUAGCAGAUUUACCAAAUAAUUUGCUUUGGAUUAUUGAACAGUUCCCAUCUUUAAUGGAAGCUCAAGAUGUGACACCUGUGCUGAGAACACAGGGAUAUUGGGGAUCGUAUAAUGUGCCAUAUUUUAAGGAUUUGUAUAACAUUUCAGGCAAUGCUGAUAUGGCCCGAAAAUUUGGACCAUUUUUUACUUAUAAUGGUACGGCUCGGGCUACGAUAUUCCGUCGCGACCACUCAAAGAUUGUCGAUAUGAAGACAUUGUAUGCAUUUAUGCGAUAUAAUGAUUUCAAAAACGAUCCGUUAUCUCAAUGCAGUCACUAUAACCAGACCUGUAGUCCUCCCUAUUCAGCUGACAUGACCAUCGCUGCUCGCAAUGAUCUCAAUGAUAUUAAAGGCAAAUAUCCGAUCGAUGAGUGGAGUUACUAUGGAGAGGGUGCCACCGAUGCUAAGAUGACCAACUCGUCAAUGGUUUUGAAUUUGGAAAUGUUGGCCGUGUGUGGGCCCACCACUGAACAACAACCACCCUUUCAAUGGUCUAAAAGUGAUUUAGAUCUUAAUCAUGACGGACAGCCCGAUAUUUUUAAUUUUAAACCAAUUUAUGUUAAAUGGUAUCCAUUGAGAUACCAAUUUGCAGAUGAUAUUAAAAAAUAA